AGGAUGGGUAAGAGGAGACGACCGAACACCUCGCUAAUGCUGGACCCCUUAAAGAUAGCAUACAGUCAGGACUCUAUUUCAUUUAAGUUUGUGAAUGGUACGCUUCUAUCUACAGCCAUCGCUAAACUAGUGAGAGGAACUCUCAAGCUCUCCCAGUUCCCUCCUAUCAGAGUCUUCCAUCUCAGAAACACGUGGUUCUCACUAGAUAAUAGACGACUGUAUGUGUUUAAAGAAGCAGCUAAAAAGGGUAUUUUUACUCAGAUCCCUGUCCUGGACACGCCCUCUACUGAGUUCAGGAGAUAUCAGAUAGACGCUAAGCUGACUACAAUGAACGCGGGACGGCAAGUAACAGUACGAGGAGCAGCUGCCCGAACUGUAGCUAUCACUAAAUGUCACUACUGUCUGAAGGAAUGCAAGACGGCUGGAUAUCUGUCUCUACAUUGUCAGGAGGAUCACAUGGAGGAGUACCUGGAAGAAACCCGGGCAACAUUCCAGACCAUCGACCAGUUCCUAAUGAGCAAGGAUUUUGCUAUCAGGGACGAUCUGCUCGUAUCACUUGAGCAUCUCCAGGUAGAAACAGAUAACAGUACACACCGACCAACAAAAGCCAAUAAUCUCGCGGAAGAGUUCAGAGUGCUGUCCCGUAUAAAGGUGCGAGUUACCGAUGUAACUCACUCGAAGUUGAGGAAGACAAUCUGCGGAACAGAUCAAACCGCGAACAAAGAAAACAUGCCUAGCAAUCGAACGCAGGUAAUUUACCAAAAAAAACCAGAUCAGCUUUAUUGGCAGAGUGAGGAGAUGACCGCCAGAAACGAUAUUUACGCAACGAACCUAUUCAACAAAAUCCUCCAUUUUAAGGACCUUAAGUAUCCACUUUCCUAGUGUAUUAUAAUAGUCUGCGGUCUCUAUUGGAUUUGAAUUUUUAUAGUUCACACUCGUCAGCUGAGGUACACGUGUCAGUACACGUGUCAGUUGAUGAAUAGCAUUGUCAACACGCAUGUGAUGUGCAAGUGAUAGUUUCAGUUAAUUUCAUUGUUUUAUAAGCAAAUUUUUGGAUUUUAAAAUUCUAAUAGAUCUUAAUGGAUAUUCUGAAGGAUUUACAAAUAUUCAAAUACAUUUUUUAACGUGUAAAUCAUCUAGUCACAAAGCGUACUUUCAUUUAUUUAUUUGUAAAAUUAAGCUUCGCUGCUUAUCACUCUAAUAUAGUCGCACAAUCGAUCUAACUAUUUAUUUUAAAUUGAACUUGGUAUUUCACGUUUGUUACGUUUUGUAUUUUAUUUAGGUGGUGUCUGGGUCACAUUGUUCCAUGUUUGCUAUUACUAACGAUAUUUUGAUAACUUUUAACUUAUUAUUUUAACGUCUUGUGACUCAGGAGAACCCACUUGUUUUAAAUUGGUUUCAUAUUCGUUAAUAUUCGUUCAAAUUUCAUCAUCAAAUAAUAAUGAAAUAAUAAUAUAAACAUUUUAAUACGAUAGUUAUAAUUUUAUAGUUUUAUGGUUUUACAAUUUUAUAAUUUUACAAUUUUACAAUUUUACAAUUCGGUUUGAAUUUUAUUUCAAAAUUCAAAUAAACUUUACAUCAAUGUAUCACAGUUA